UGAGUGUUUAGAGAGCCAAUCAGGUGUCAUCUUGGAGGUCAUUGACAAAAAGUAUAAAAAGAAAAAAAUGAAAUAGCAAUUAUAAUGCCAUCUUGUGGCUACAGAACAUCAAAGCAUGUGGCCAAUGGAUCCAGCUAAUUUUCUUUACUUCCUAGAAGAUAGCCCAAUCUCACAAGGGAUAAAUGAAAUUAACCUUUAUUUUUUUUUCAAAAUAAAAAAUAAUACAUUGUUUAUAUAGCCAACAUGCAAGGAGACAUUACAAAGUUGUUAUUGCAGAUUUCUUUCUUUCCCCUGUAAAAAUCAUUUUAAUUCUUUAACUUGAGGCUAAGAAACUUUGCAGAGCAGGCUCAUCAAACUGCUGAGUACUUGGAGGAGGAGGAGAAAGAGGAUGAGAGGGAAGAGGGGGGAAAGAAGAAGAGGGAAAAGAAGAAAGAAGAGGAGGAGGAGAGGGAGAAAGGAGGAGAGAGAGAAGGCAAAGAAAGAAGAAAAAUAUGAAGGAGGAAGAAGAAGAGGAAGGACAACAACGAGAGGAGUCCUUCCCCCGGCCAUCGGGGGCUUCCUCAAUCCUCCGCUAAGGCGGCGAGCCCUCAUCCUCCGCCAGCGAGCAGGAGCAGAAGCGGGGGAGGCGGAACGAGGGAAACCCGUAAGCAGCGGGGAGGGGGAAGAGGGAGGGAGUGGGGGGGGGGCAAGGCAGGCGCCACAAGACUCGGGAGGCAGCUGCAGGCGGAGGGCCAUCAGCCGCGAGGCAGAGAGCGCGGAAGGAGGCGAAGGCGAGCGCCCUUGGCAGAGGGUAGCGGAGAAAGGGAGCUGUUGUUGCUGCUGCUGCGCGGAGCCGGCGCUGAGCGGCCGGGGCCGGGAUGGGCUGCGGCGGGAGCCGCGCCGAUGCCAUCGAGCCGCGCUAUUACGAGAGCUGGACCAGGGAGACCGAGUCCACUUGGCUGACCAACACGGACGCCGAACCUCAGCAGCAGCCGCUGCCCGCCGCCGGCCCGGAGAGCGGCGACGCCGAUGCCGGCCUGAAGGGCCCCGGAAUUUUGGAGGACAGCAAAUCAACCCAGACCUGCAUGGCAAAGUCUUCAAUUUCAAGUGGUGUGGCUAUUCCAGAAAAAAGAACUCAUUGUGCUUCACAGUGUGCAAAACUAUCAACUCACACCACUGGAAAUGCAGCCCAGAAACCACAAAAUAGCUUUAAAGCCUCAGAGGCUAAAUGGGACAAGAAAAGAGCCACAAAAGAAGUUAGUAGUAACACUUCCAAAACAGACAAAUACAAACAAAUAAAUAGCAACAGAAGAGUUGCAAAGAACGGUAUCAAUUAAGGAAGCACUGAAAAAAGGUGAAUGAAUUUUGCAAUAUCUUGCUGCACUUUACCUGACUGCGCAAUGCAGGGAUCUGGAAUUUCAACGUUGACAUUAUGCUGAAUGUGGCAGACAACUGAUGAUGAGUGCCUUUGGAAAAAUGGUAGACUUUAUUAGCUCUGCAGUUUUGCCAGCAUUGGAAGCUUUGAUACUUUUUCUUGUUCUGUCCUUGAUGAGCUUGGCCACCAAUUAGGAAGUAACCGGUUUGAUUUUUACUUUGCCAGUAACUAAGUAAGUAACUUAAGUAACUUAAGUUAAUUUCUUGUGAAAAGAAAUGUAAAUUGAAAAGCUUCUCAGAAAUUAAGGCUUCAUGCAACAUAAAUUUUUAGAUGCAUGAAAGCUGUUCAUUCAUACAAUCAGGUAUUGAUUGAUUGAUGGACGGAUUCAUUAUGUGCCAUCAAGACAGUGUGGAUUCUUAGAGAUCACAAAGACAGAUUUUCCCCGGGAUGAUCUGUUCCAGACCUGGCUCUUCAGUUCUUCUGGUGGUGGAAAGUUAUCAUUUAGAUUAAUUCAAUUUAAAUAGAAAUGUAUAUAAUCUGAAACCAAAAUAUGAUCACAGCAAUCACUGUGUGCAAAAUAGCACCCUGAACGAUCCUGUUAUUAAUGUGCUGAAAUACCACAAGGGAGUUCUACUAUUACAGAUAACUUGCUGCUACCUAAAAUACAUGGCUAAAAUUUAUGUCACUGUAGAUAAUUGUGCAAUAGGUGUAAAACAUUUAAGAAUGCAGUAUCCUGUUUGGCAAAUAAGAAGUUUCCACUGGGUUGUUGUAUUAUAGCAGUUGAUGGUACUUGCUCAUUUUUGGGGAAAGUCAAUUUCUUCUGCCAAUGUGCCACAAUAUGAUGUGUGCCACACAAUGUGUCACACAAGAAAGGCCUACGUAAUUCAACUGUCAGUCUCUCUGACAGCUGCCUAAAACCCAAAGUGAUCUUUCCUAAGAAUAAUUCUCAUAAAGUUUCCUAGCAUGAAAGGAAAAGAAAGAAUUGCAACAAACUGAAUUAUAUUCAAAGUAGAAAUAAUCUGGUCCACAAACAUUAGGGUGGAUAUUUUCUGAUUUUCUUUCUAUGUUCCUAUGAUUCAGCAAGGAGGUGGUCUCUGCACUGAUAAUGAGGAACAUUUCAUCUGAACAUGUGAUCAAAGCUCAGCUUUGAUACUAUUUUGAUAAUAUAAAGCCUGAUUGAAAGUCUGAAUUUCACAUUGGCCUUUCAUUUAUUUCUGGUGAAAAUCACGCUGCUAUAAAAUAGUAAAAUUAUGCCAAAUGCAUUGUUUAUUUAUUUACUGUUUUUGUAAGGCUACACAAUUCAAAAUGAACUCUGAGUGCCAUAUAAGAUUUAAAAGAGAUUUUAAAAAUUGACCAAAUAUGACAACAUAGAAAGAUAAGUUUGGAUUUCACUUGAAGGCAACUGAUGUAAAAUGCUUAAUAGUGAUAGAAGGUAUUUUUGAUGGUCAUAGCAGGAAAAAAUUAGCUUUAGGAUGAAAUUAUAUGUGACAGUAUAAGGGAAGUGCAUUUUUCAUGAACUUCCAUUUUUCAUAUUUGCAUAAUAUACAUUUCCCAAAGUGUUUUAGAUCCUGCCCUUGUGGUAAAAAAUACUUUUUUGUGUACUGUACACUUAAUAAGAGCUUCAAAUGGGGGGGAUUAUCUCUUGAUUAUGUCUUUUUAAAAGAGAAAAAUUGUAUAUGCUAUAUUGGAGUCUCUAAUUUUAAUGGAGAAGCAGAGCUGUUUUAAAUCAGGACUAAAAUUUCCAAGCAGAAUUCUUUUUGAUGGGUUACUAAAUCUAUAAAUUAAUAAAAUAUAAAUCAGUAAACAAAUUAGGUGACUAGAUUACUGGAGAGAGUCAAAGCUGAACAAUUAUCAAUGUAUUGAAUGAGAACCUUAAUUACCAGAGACAUUUUGAAAAUGUAACUAGAAAAAUAUGUACUAUUAAAAGAAAUUGCUUGAUACA